UGAUCUCGUUCUUGAAGCACCUUUCUGUUAGCACGCAACAACCUUGUUUUCCUAAAAGUUUAGGAGCAUUUGUAUCUUCAUCUACUCUAAGAUCCRAUGAAAGAUUCUCUAAAUAUGAUGAAAGAGGAAAGCGACAAUUCGUCACAACCAUCGACGUCAUCAGUYUUUACACCACGCAGAAUACUGAUAUUAUGUGUGACGACAUUUGUCUUUUUCAUGACGUGGUGCUGUGCUGCUAUGUGGGCCCCAUUCUUCCCCGGCGAGGCUGCAGAACGCGGAGUCAGCAGCACCGAAGUUGGUUUCAUUUUUGGUACAUACAGCUUGGGUGCAGUCGUCGCGUCAUUGAUCUAUGGCCCUUUUGUGAUUCCACGAACUGGUCCAAAUUAUGUCUUGGUCGCUGGACUGUUUUUAAAUGGUGUAAUCAAUUUGAUGUGUGGGUUUGGGGAUAUAAUCGAAGAUCAUGUGCCUUUUACCAUAUUUUUCUUCAUCAUGCGAGCUGUUGGAUCACUUGGAGGCGCAGCUUGUGAAACUUCCAUUGUUGUAAUACUAACACAAGAAUUUCCAGGUCAUCUUCCUAUAAUCAUGGGAUUUUUGGAAAUCGCUGCUGGCUUAGGGUUUACGGCUGGACCUGUGAUUGGCGGAAUGCUGCAUGCGCUUGGGGGGUUCAGGCUUCCUAUGUUGGCCGUUGGAGUCACGAUGCUGUUAUUUGUGCCUAUGAUUUGGAUACUUUUACCCAGAAAAGACUAUUCUACUAAAGGAAAUGACUCAAGUCGAAUCCAAUUGUUUAAGCAAAUGGUUGGAAUCCCAGGCAUUUUAAUUAUGUGUUUAUGUGCUUUUCUAUGCAUGGCUUCCUUAACAUUUUUGGAUCCAACGCUACAGAAUCACGCAGAAAAGUUUGGAAUGGACUCAAGAGAUGUCGCACUGUUAUUCCUAUCACUUGCUGCACCUUUUAUAUUCACAUCUCCAGUUGCUGGAUUUAUACUGAGUAAAAAGUCCUGGGGCAAAACAUUCAUCGUUAUUGGAUUGUUUGGCAAUGCGAUCAGUUUGCUGUUUUGUGCACCUGCUCCAUUUCUGACUUCAUUUGUCCCAGAAAGGACAGUGUGGGUUUUAGUACUUUCCUUAGUGGCCGUUGGUUUUUAUAAUGGUCUCUAUUUAGUACCUGUACUACCCGAAAUGUUUCAGUUCUCUUAUGAAAAAGGCUGGCAAGAAAGUAUUGAGCUAUCUUCAUUUAUCUCUGGUUUGUUUACUGGCUUUACCAAUUUGGGCGCAUUCUUUGGAGCAGUUAUUGGAGGGAUACUGGACGACCACUUUGGAUUUUCUUGGACAACUGUGAUAAUAUCAUCGCUUUCCUUAGCCCAGGGUUUCCUCACUUCAAUAUUCUUUGCGUAUCAUUGCUGCAGGUAUGAAAGGCAGCCGUUAGAUUCCGACCACGAGGAGGACAUUGAUGUUGAAAUAGAAGUUUAA